AAACAGAAUGUAUAUUAACGGGUCCUCACAAAUAUCAUUAUAAACAAAUUAGAAAUGUUAACGUAAACAAUGAUAGCAUAAAAACUCUUGGAAUUUAUAUAGGACACAACAAAGAAAUAUGUUAUAAAAACAAUUGGACAAAAAUUGUAGAUGACUUAGAAAAACUGUUUGAAUCAUGGAAAAAAAAGAAAACUAACCAUUUUUGGUAAAGUUUGUGUCAUCAAUAGCCUAGCAAUAUCAAAGAUUAUAUAUGUUGGAUCAGUUCUGAGCUUUCCAAAUGAAGAAGUAAUUAAGAAAUUUCAAAGUUUGUUAUAUAACUAUAUAUGGAACAAAAGAGAUAGAAUUAAAAGAAAUACACAGAUUGGAAAUGUCCUAAAGGGAGGCAUUGGAAUUGUCGAUGUAUCUUUGAAAUUAAAAUCCAUAAAAGUAUCUUGGAUAAACAGGAUUUCAAGUGAGAGAAACUUUCUAUUCUUUUUUGUAGAUAGUUUGUGCAAAGAAAGAGACUUUGAUUUUGAAUAUCUAUGUAAAACAAAUAUUACGAAAUCAAAUGAUUAUCAAAUAAUGGAACAUUUUCCUCUAUUCUACAAGGAAAUGCUUGUAUUUUUCAACGAUUGUAAAAAAAAUAAAAAACAAUUUUAUCUGAAUGCAUUAUUGAAAGAACCGUUGUGGUGUAAUAAAAAUUUUAUGUACAAAAACAAGCCAAUAUUUUUUCAUAAUUGGCUGAGGAGCGGUUUUAAAUAUUUGAAUGAUACUGUAAAUGAAAAUGGCAUAAAACCUUUGGAAUGGUUUGAUGACAAACUUAUAUGUAAAAAAAACUGGAUGUGUGAAUAUAUGAUUAUAAAAACAGUUAUAACAAAAACCUUCAAAAGUUAUGAAUUUUCAAAUAUACGAUACGAAAACAUUUUUCAUGGGAAUACAUCAUACGAUUUAUUAUGUAAAGGACAUGUUAAAGUGUGUGAUAUCAAUUCAAAGUUGAUUUACGAAAUUCUUUGCCAUGAAAAAUUUAUACCUCCAUUACACCAAGCAUAUUACGGAAAGGUUUUUGAAAUAACAAAAACGGCUUGGAAAUCUAUUUAUGAACAAAAAAUCUUAUCCAUAAGAGACAGAAGUAUAUCAGAAUUUAAUUAUAAAUUGUUAAAUAAUCUAUUGUGUAACAGAGAAUUGCUGAAGAAAUGGAAGAUAGUAGAAAAUGAUUUUUGUGUCAUUUGCAGAGAUGCUAAAGAAAACAAUGAACAUCUUAUCUUAAAAUGUAAAAAUGUUUCUCAUAUAUGGGACAUUGUUAAACAAAUUUUAAAAUUUGAUAUAUCGUGGAAAACAAUUGUGAUAGGAUUUUACUAUGAAAACAAUGAAAAGACACUCUUUUUGAAUAGCAUAAUAUCUCUUAUUGCCUGUAAAAUAUACAAGUAUAAAAUGUAUUGUAGAUUAGAUAACAAAGACGAAAAACCUCAAGAAAUAUGUAAUCACAUAAAAAGUAAAUUGAAUUUUUAUACAGAAGUGUACACAAAAAUUCAGGAUAAAAAAUAUGCUAAAGUUAUGAAAGCAAUUAAAGACAAAUUGUAAUUUAUACACCUUUGCAGGUAUGACUUUUUAUAAUAUGAAACCUCUGACAAAUAUCUGUCUAUGCACAUUUUUAACUAUGCUACAAUGUGAGUUUAUUUUGAACAAUUUGAAUUGAUUACAAACAACUAUAUUUCUAUAUCAAAUAAAAUUUUGUGAUAAACCUUUUAUGUACUGGUAUUUUGCAAAAAGUUCCCACUAUGAGGAGGGGUCCUGUCCUCCUAUAGUGCUGCCAUGGGGGUUGUGAUAUGAACUUUUGAAUUGUUAACCCCGCAUAUGGCAGUUUCAGGUUCUUUAUGUACAUAAUUAUAUUGUUGUGUUGUUGGUUUUUCCGUAAAAAUAAGAACCUUUUUUGCCAUAACAUGUUAAUAAAUUUUGUUAUAUAACAGUAUAUUAUAUGUGUGUGUGUUUGUAUGUAUGCAUAUAUGUUUGUGUUUUCUAUAUGUAGAAAUUUAUAUAUAUGUAUAUGUAUGCCUAUAUACAUCUAAUCCAAGGGGCCCCUGGCACCCUAGGUAAAGAUUAUAAGGGGGUCUCUGCGGAGACUUUACCCCGAAAUAGUAAUGUAUUUUGGAAUUAAAGACUGAUAUAUGUGGGGGGAAAAAUAUAUCAUAUACCUAGUAGUGUAUCAGCCCUGAUACACCUAUCUUGGCUAGGGUGAGACAGCUCCAAGUAGGUAGGGCUGUCUCGCCCUAAGGGCCGAGAUAUCUCUGUCUCGGCCCGUUGUCAAGGGGCUGUCUCGCCCUCAAAUUUCAAAUGGCUAUUUCUUCUUUAAUCUUUUGAAAUCUAACAUAACUACAUGAAAAAAUGAUGUUAGACACAAUUUUUUCAAAUAUAAUACUUUCUUCCACAACAAAAUUUAAUUUAAGCAGAAAAAUCAAAUAAAAACGUUUUCAAAAACAGCGCUAAAUUGUAGCGAGUAUCUAAGCAAAGGGAGGUAACCCAAGUAACAAUUGUUUAUUUAGAACAAUAAUUAUAGGUUAUAGACUUUGUAUGGGAAAAUAUGACGACCGAGUUUUUUGGCGCGUAGACGGACUGAGCUUAUAAGCUAUAACCUUUUUAUUAUAUACUUUCAAUUUCAUUUAGAAAUUAACCAUAAUUUUAUUUUUAACAAUAACUUUAUUGGUUUAACUGAGUAAAAGAUGAAAAACACGAACAAUUUGAAAAUUAACGGCGUAGAAAUUUGAUUGUGACGUAAUGCUUGCGGGCCGGAAUGUUUCCGGGCAUAUAUCGUGUGAUAUAUGCCCGCAAACUUUUGAAUGUGCUACACGGGCAGAUGAAAACAACCCAUGGUCUCGCGCGGAAAUGAGCGAAAUGAAAGAGACGUAUUCGGUAGUUAGUAUUUAUCCGGAAUGCUAGUGCUCAAUGGCGGCAAUAAACAAACGAAGCGGAUACGUUGAAGGAAAAACUUCUUUAUUUCUUUCUUACCGUUAUGUAGACCAGUGAAAAUAAUGAACAACGAUUAAUCGCAUAAAUCCCAUGAAGAAUAGAAAACUGAAAGUAGGGCAAACAUAGAUCCCUGGACAUAUCAGAGGUGAGAUCAGACAGAUCAUGAGAUGGAAACCAAUGUAAUUGAGACGAAAAGGGAGUACAACUCAAAAUAUCAAGGAAAAACAAGAAAGGCCUUUGUGAUCAGCAGAUGAUGUCCUAUACAACCAUCCUUCCAUGACACAUGCAAUGGGAAGUUUAUUUCAGGAAACAAAGCCUGUCUGAAACUCCAAAAUGACAUUUCCAGAAAGUUGAAGAAUGGAUAAAAAUGUAUCAACCAUCUUACAACCCAGAUUUCAUUCCACUGAAAAGAAAAGGGACAGGAUGCUUGCAGAGGAUACUGGGGAUAAAGUAGCAGAAAAUUAUGGAAGUGGCAGCCAGGACUAUGGAGGGGAGGUGACAAUGAGAUGGCGUUAGGUUGGACACCAGAAGGGAAGAGGACAUUUAACCCUUUAACUACCAGAAAUUUUCGAGAUUUCCUUCAAAGCUGAUACAAAUAUUUCAAAUUGAAAUUAAACAUUUUCUAGUCAUAUUUUCGUAAUAUAACUUAUGCAUAUUCUGAAAGGAAAAAUCUUGAAGAUUUUAAUUAUGCACUAAAAUAUGGUGUAACGGUUGCCAUGACAACAAAAAUACCCCCAUAAAUCCCAAAAAUGUGUUUUUUCACCAUUUUCGUCACUUAAAACACAGAAAUUGAAUGUUUAUCAGCCUUCAUUUAAAUAAAUUUUAGGAAUAGUUGUAUUCAUAUGCAUGUAUAACAUGCAUUCAUAAAAUUUAGUGUCAUUUAUUGUAGAUAUAAUCAUGCAUGUACAUUAAUAUUGAAGUACAAUAUGCGCAUAAGUUACAGUAGACUUAUAGUACCUGCAAUUAUUGUAAAGUGUUCCUUAAAACUUGAUAAAGAAAAUUUUUAAUGAAAAUUAAAACUCUCUCUACGCAUAUUUUUAGAAUAUAAAUUUCAAAAUGAAAAAAAAAAAAAUAAGUUUCCAAUUAUGCAGUGUAACGAAUUUUUACAGUUACCGUGGCAACUAAAUGAGUCCAUGAAUCACAAAAAUAUGUUGUUGGGUUUUUUUCCGGUACAUUUUCGUUGUUGAUUUUCAUCCCUUCCUUCACAUGAAAAUACAAAUUGACCAGUAAACUGCUACACUAAGUUUUGAAUUAUGUAGUAUGACCUGAUGUUAUGGUUGCCAUGGCAACACAAUAAUCCAUAAAUCGCUAAAAUGAGUUUUUGAUCCUUUUCUUCCCUUGAAAUAGAAAAAUUGUUCAAUAAACUAUCACAAUAUUUACAUCAUGUACGUAAUGAUAUCAUGAAAACUAGCAGUAUAAGUUCAAAUAUACAUGCAAGAUUUAUAAACCUACAAUACAUACAACCAUAUGCCUAUAGAAAUUAAAUACCUUAACUCUCCAAAUUCUAAUAUAAUAUUGUUCAGUAGAUCAUAAAUGCGUCAAUAGCUUGGUUCGUUUAUAAUACAAUAAGCCAACUACAUGUAUAUUGCAUCCGCGCUAGUCACGCUUACUAAGUCUGGGAAUACCGUACGUAUGGACAUUAGGCGUGGUUUGCGACGGUGAAUAUAUUGAUAAAACAGUGUACCAUAUAUUUUGAGCGUUAUAUGAUCUAAAUUGUUAUUGAAUUUUUUCUAUUUAUAUUAUAAAAAUAAUGCAUACACUGUCUCGCCUCGAUCACGCAUAGAGAACUAGACCAUCGGCACCUACGCUUUUUUCGCUGGUGUGUCUCACAUGCAAGCCGUUUUCUCAUCGGACUGAAGAAGUUUCCGAUCAGACACUGGGCAACGUCUAGUGAGAAAUCAAUUAGAGAGUAAUGCCUGUAAGGUUUCACGGUACCUGGGGUGUUCAACCAUAGAAUAUAAAACGUGUUUCCUGCAGGCACGUAUAAAAGGGGAGGGGGUGUUGCCAUCCCCCAACUUUUCUCAACACCUUUUAAUGUUAAAAGAUAUAUUUGGUGACCCCCUCCCAUAUUUCAUAAUAGUAUUGAAAUAUAAAAAUGUAAAGUCGAAGUUAUGAAUUGAACUUGUGUACAUGUAUUGAAAGGUGCGAAACCCCCUCCCCCUAUUUAAGAAGUCGAAGUUUGGGAUUAUCUAUGAGUCGGCGCUAAUACAUGUAACACCCCUCAAUUUUAAAUUUUCAGAAUUUUUUAAAGGCUGCACGUUACUCCCGCAUCCCCACCUCGAGUUUGGAGAAUUUAAGUGCUGAUUGUCCUAAAGAACUUUUUAAAAAUGUUUUUUUGGUUUAUCUAUGCAUUUAUCCAUUUAUUUAUUUUUAUUUGCUCGUUAAGAAAUUUAGACAAUGGUGUAGGGAUUUUUUUCCUGCUUCCCCUCCCCCUGUUGAAAAAUUAUGCUACAUACAUGUACGUACCUGUCCUGUAUAAAAUACCUGCAUGUAAUGCGGUUAUCCUGCAGGUCCCUGUGUACUGAGUGUGUACCGUACAUAAUAGAAUCCCUUUUUACAAAGUAGUUUCCAUAUGAGUGAAAAAUUCUCGAGAGGGACAUUAAACAAUAUUCAAUCAAUAGAGUAGUUUCUUGCAUGAUUUUACAUGUAGUGAUAAUUGAUUACUAAUAUUUUAAGCGUACUUUUAAAAGCAUCACUAUUUAGUAUUAUAUGUAGAUCUGAGAGUCUUCGUCGGCACUGUACACAAUCGUACUUUUUCUCUGACAUAAUUAAAAAAGUUCGCAAUAUUUUGUAUUUACAUAUCUGUAUACUUUAUGCAGUAUGUGUGUGUGUGUUUUUUGGUGUGUUUUUUUAAUAACGGAAAUUUGAUCAAAAUUGUUGUCAUUGUCAUCAAAUAUUUAAAGAAAUUUACCGAUGCAUUGUCAUCUGACCAGUAAAUAUCAGAGAAAUAACUAUAUGUAUUUGUAUAUAUGUCUCUGUACAUUUGGAUAUUGGGUAAUUGUUUAAUUCCCAUCAAAGAUACGCAUGUGGUUUGUUGAGGUCACGCCGUCCUGUACUCGAUCUGCUUUCUGUUCUGUACAUAUCUGUAUCCUUUGCUGUUUCCCCAAAACUGAUAAGAGGUAAUAUCAGCAGAAAGUAACAGUAUACAUUAUAUAAGAGGAUGAAAGGAAGGGGCUGGGAGGGGGAGAAAAGAGGUUUAGUGGGGAGGUUCUUAUACUUCUUUUCUUAAAACUCCUUCGUUUUUCCUUUUCCACCACUGCAUCAAUGGAUCAUAUACGUAUUCGAUGCCGUACCCAUUGUGUUUUGACAGAUAAAAGAAACAAUUAACAAAUACACAAUAUAAAUACAUUUGCAAUAUCGCGUUAGCCUGUUAUAUUUAUAUAUAAAUAUUAUAACCGUUGCAGUGCAUAUGGGUAGUAAACUGGCAUGUAAUACGCUUUAGUUCCCAAAUGAAAUAUGCAAUUUAUCACUAUUCGGGGGAAGCGAUGGGGAGACGGCUACCCCCUGUCCGCCCCCUUAUAUAAGGAGUCAAGUUCAUGAAAAGGACCAACAUCUUCAUGGAACUUUACAAUAUUUACGCUAUGGAGUUGAUGCGACUAGAAGUAGAAAUCCUCGCCGGUAUGUCACUCAAAUGACUGUCCAGUGUACUCUGGUGACUUUGUUUCUAUAUAUUCUGAUUCAUUGUCCUUAUUAUAGAAACUUCUUAAUAACUGUAGUCAUCUACACCAAUGUCUGACGGUGACCCAACGGACAACAAAACUGAGCCUGUAUCGCUUCCAGCGCUAUACUCCAUGAUUAAAUUAUGCGCUGUUUAUGUUACAGUCAUGACAACGUAACAAGAAAUGGAAAUAUUUAGUUAAAACAACUCAUUUGACAUACUUGUACUGAAGUUAUUUUUAAAAAAAAUUCUAACAGAUUAUUAUUGCAAACAAAGGGAAAAAUCCUAAUCUAAACGCUAACACUUUUAAAUGAGUAUACAUACUUGUAAACAUCCAACACACACUGACAACUUGCUCGUAAUGAUUAACUUAUAAAAAAUGUACAUUUUAGUCCUUUCCAUAGCCUACAUCAUAUUUAUUGCCUAUUCAUCUAAUGGAAGUAUAAAUCUAUACCUUUUUUUAAUCCAUGCAUGUGAGACACUCAAAUGUGAACAAAUCUUUAUUCUUCUAGAUUAUAUAAUACAUGUAUGUGAAAAAGAUAGAGAGAGAAAAAACACACAAAUCCCGUGCGCUUUAGCCAUUUUUCACACACAUAUACAAAAAAUGUACUUAGGCUGAAUGCGGACAUGUACGUGAAAAAGAUAGAGAGAGAAAAAACCCCACAAAUCCCGUGCGCAUUAUACCACCUUCACACUCACGGAUUUUUCUUACGAGUCCUUACGGAUCUCCGACUCGUAGUCAAUCACAAGCAUUCGUAAAUCACUCGUUGGUAUCCAUGUCUAAAUCGUAACAAUUCGUGUACUUUUAUGGAUUUGUGGAAUACGUAAGGGUCCGUAAGAAAAUCCGUGAAUGUGAAGAUACCAUUAGCCAUUGUUCACACACGUAUACCUAGGCUGAAGACGGACACGCUUACUUAAUAAAUAAAUAAAUGUACAUUGUAUUUAGGUUGUAAAACAGUAGUUCUAAUUCAUAAAACAAAAACAAAAACCCAAUCACAAAUUUAUUUACUUUUCCCACGUAAAUAUACUUUUGUAUCGUUAUAUAAUUUAUUUGCGCAAUACACACGCACGCUAAUGUCAAAUGACGUCAAAGUGCACUUUUUUCGCGUUUAACUUGUAAAUUGCAUUACUUUCAUGAAGAAAUAGGUCUAUGACACUUGCCCGUACCUAAAUAUGAUCAUAAGAAAAAAUGAAGCAAAUAUUUCAACCUUUCUGAAUAUGAUAUACGUUUUUAAAUAUUGUGUUUUUCAGAAAAGAUUUUACUAACAGAAUAUAACACAAUUUUUGUCAUUUCGGCUUAAUUUUCCUACUUUCCGGUAACGAUGUGCGAUUUUAAAUGCGUGUUUUCAACUAGUUCCCAACAUCGCACAGAAAAACUUUGAGUAGAAAAAUUGUUUAGUUUUUACUCUACUUUUAGAAAAUAUGAUUUGUUUCAUUAUAUUCCAAUUAUUAACAAAACGCCCCCAAUUUAAUCCCGUCGUCACAUAAAAGGCGUCACUGGGCGUUAAAGGGUUAAGAGACCGAAAACAACCUGGAGAGGAACAGUAGAAGCAGAAAGAAAGAUUGCAGAAUGGAGAAACUUGAAUGAGAUCAAGAUGGUAGCAAUAGAACAGAGUGGAUUGGAGAGAGUCUCGGUCCUAUGUGUUUUGGCAUGGAGAGAACUAAGUAAUGUCUAGAUUGUUGGAGAUAGGAUGACCAGGAAUAUGAAUGGAUGUGCUGGAAACUGUACUAAGACCCUUAUGUAUUUGGAUUGAUUUACAUACCAUCAUGAUUUUGCUAUGAAAAACUUGAAAAAAAAUCCUCAACUCAUAUUGUAGCUGACAUUAUACAUUUGUACUUAUUAAUAUUUCAAAUGAACAUAUAUUUAGACAUACAAUAUCUAAACUUUGGAGUCCAUGUACAUCUCCACAUUGGAUAAUAGGUUAUGAUAUAUGUGUGUGAAAUCUUUUCCUAUGGUAUGCACAUGUUAACACAUUAGUUUAAAUGAUGAUGUAUAUCUUAUGACUAUAGAAGAGAAUGUGUUCAGAACAGAAUAUGUGUCUAGAAGAGUUGUUGCCCUUGAAUGUAAUUCAUUAUUUACAUGGGGUUGAAAAAUAAUCCAGCACACAGUAGUACUAAAUGCAUUAUGUUAAAAUACAUUUAUGAAUGGUAUAAGUGAUACUGUCAAUUACUGAUUAAUACACUUUGUGAAAUCAUAUUAUUGUUAUGUUUAAUAAAUUUCAAGGCUGCA